UAUACAAAAAAUUCCCAAUCAUCACCAAAAAAACACAAACAUAAAACUGAAAAAAAAUUGUCGCCGGAAAAAAAACAUGCCAAUGACGGAUAAUCAAGGAUCAUUCCUUAAUCGAAUAAGUAUUCGUCGUAAUCAAGUUUCCAAUAUGGAAAACAAUCAUGAACAAGACCUUGAAGACCUUGAACUUUUCCAAAAACAUGUAGCUGAACGUUUCUCUGAUCUUUUACCAAACGACCCUUCAUCUACAACAGAUUCCCCUGCAAAAGACCAAACUGCCCUUCUUUCGAUAUCAUGGUAUCGUAAACUCCUCGAUGUUUUUCUAUGUUGUGAGGCUGAAUUUAAAGCGCUUGUCCUAAUCGGACGCGACCCUGUUCAAUUUUCUAAACCACCAUUGGACCGUCUUGUCCCGGACAUUCUUGAUCGUUCGAUCAAAUCUCUUGAUAUUUGUAAUGCUGUGACGCACGGGUUGGAACUCGUGCGUCACUGGCAAAAGCUAGCUCAAAUCGCGGUUACCGCGCUAGAGCAAAAGCCAAUGGGAGAUGGACAAGUACGACGCGCGAAAAAGGCGCUGAACACGUUGCUUACGUCUAUGAUGUUGGAUGAUAAGGAGAAUAAUUAUCAUGCAAAAGCUGCUGAGCGCACGUGGUCUUUUGGUAGGCGUAGUGGAACUAAUACUACUAAUAAUAAAGAUAGGACUAAUGGUACUUUUCGUGCAAUGUCGUGGUCGGUUGCGAAAUCCUGGUCCGCUUCUAAGCAGAUUCAGGCAAUGGCGUCCACUCUGGUGGCGCCACGUGGGGGCGAGCCCACAGGGCUCGCUUUGCCUAUUUAUGCUAUGAGCACGAUAUUCGUGUUCGUGAUGUGGGGCCUAGUGGCAGCAAUUCCGUGUCAGGAAAGGACAGGGCUAUUGACACACUUUCCAAUGCCGAGGAAUUUGAAUUGGGGGCAGAGUUUAAUUGCACUGCAGGAUAAAAUCGCGGAGGAAUGGAAGAAAAAGGAGAAAAAAGGGACGACCGGGUUGCUUGAUGAGCUUCAAAAAAUGGAGAAAGUCGCGCAAAAUUUGGUGGAUUUUGCGGAGAAUUUUCAGUUCCCCGCGGAGGAGGAGAAGCUGGAGGAGGUGGCGGGACAGGUGGCAGAGAUGGCGGAGAUAUGCCGGAAAAUGGAGGAGGGGCUAGCACCAUUGCAACAGCAGAUUAGAGAAGUGUUUCACAGGAUUGUGAGGAGCAGAGCUGAAGUUCUUGAUGUUCUUGAUCAAAUUGGUAAAAUGUCAACACCAGUACCUUAUUGACUUUAACAAACAUUCAAUUUUUUCCAAUUUCCAACAUUAAGGAUUACUAGUUUGUUUUGUUACUCUUUUGGUUUUAAAAAAUGUCAUGUUUGGAAAAAGGUUGACUAAUUUUUGUGAUAAUUACUAGUAUAAUUCAAGUUUUUAUUUGUUUCAUAACGUAAAAAGAAAGGAAUAGUAGAUUGAUUGGUUUCCAGUGGACGUUGUCCAUUGUGCUUCUGUUUCUCUA